CCCUCUUCAUUUCUCUUCGGUUGUAUCGUAACUUAUCAAACAACUCCACUUCUGUUUCACCAACCCUUUUGAGUCACUAUGGCCACUGUUUCAAAACUUUGCAAUUCACCCCCCGCUGCUCUGUCCUCCUCUUCAUCAUCGGUCAAGCCCAGAUCCUCUCUUGCGUCGGUUUCUUUCGUUUCUCUUCAUAACAAAACUGGGUUCAACUCCAAAGUUGUGUCCUCUCAGUUGAGCCUUAGAAAUAACCAUGUUUUGAGAGGCUCCUUGGUUGUCAGGUGUUCACAAGCAGGUGGAAAUGGAAGUGCAACAAAAAGAACAUCACUUCAUGAUCUUUAUGAAAAGGAAGGUCAGAGCCCUUGGUAUGAUAACCUCUGUCGCCCAGUUACAGAUUUGCUUCCACUGAUUGCUAGUGGUGUGAGAGGUGUAACAAGCAAUCCAGCGAUUUUCCAGAAAGCUAUUUCAUCGUCAAAUGCUUACAACGAUCAAUUCAGGGAACUUGUACAAUCUGGAAAAGACAUUGAAGCUGCAUACUGGGAACUUGUGAUUAAGGACAUUCAAGAUGCAUGCAAACUUUUUGAGCAUAUCUAUGACGAAACUGAUGGUGGUGAUGGCUAUGUUUCUGUUGAAGUUUCACCUAGACUUGCUGAUGAUACUCAAGGGACUGUGGAGGCAGCAAAAUGGCUUCACAAAGUAGUUGACCGCUCCAACGUUUACAUUAAGAUACCUGCCACAGCUCCAUGCAUUCCUUCUAUCAAGGAAGUUAUAGCAAAUGGCAUUAGCGUCAAUGUGACUCUCAUUUUCUCCCUUGCUAGAUAUGAAGCAGUCAUCGAUGCUUACUUGGAUGGCCUUGAGGCUUCUGGUCUAGAUGACCUCUCUAAAGUUACAAGUGUUGCAUCCUUUUUUGUUAGUCGAGUUGACACCCUCAUUGACAAAAUGCUUGAAAAGAUUGGAACACCAGAAGCUCUUGAUCUCCGGGGAAAGGCUGCCGUAGCUCAAGCUGCCUUGGCGUACCAGCUCUACCAGAAGAAAUUCUCUGGUCCAAGAUGGGAGGCUCUUGUGAAGAAAGGUGCAAAGAAGCAGAGGGUGUUGUGGGCCUCAACCAGCGUAAAGAACCCUGCCUACCCUGACACUUUAUAUGUUGCUCCUCUCAUCGGACCUGAUACGGUUUCAACCAUGCCAGACCAAGCUCUCCAAGCAUUUGUCGAUCAUGGUGCUGUUUCAAGAACAAUCGACGUAAACGUUUCCGAAGCUGAAGGCAUUUACAGCGCACUUGAGAAGUUGGGAAUUGACUGGAGCUAUGUUGGCACUCAACUCGAACUUGAAGGAGUCGACUCCUUCAAGAAGAGCUUUGACAGUCUGCUUGACACCCUGCAAGAGAAAGCAAACUCUUUGAAGCUGGUAAGCCACUAAGUGUUUUCUUAAGAAUUUGUUGGCAUUUUGUCAUUGUGAUGAAAAUAAAACAAGUGGGUUCUCAAAUCCUGCCUCCUAGCAUUGUGAGACUUGUUUAUGAUUAUGUGUUGUGUACAAGUAGUGGUUUAGUUGCUCAGUUUAUUGGAAGUUUUAUUAAAAACUUGGUUUUUUUUUUUAAUUUUAAAGCUACCAAUCUGGUUGUAAUAUUUAACAUUUGAAUGAGAAAGUUUGGUGAAUGUAAAUGGGGUUGUAUGUUGCAA